UAUAAGGCCGAUAGCUGUAUAUAAUAAAAUAAGAUGAUUUAAGGUGUAAUUGGGAAAUUCCUGCGUUAAAGCAGCCAAAAUAUUACAUAAAGUACUAAGGUUUAAUAAAUCCUUAAUAGAAAAUAAAGGGGCUCAGUAAGUUAAAAUCUACAUAAAAUGCAAAAAGGGUAAAAAUAAUAAAAAUUUCUAAGCUAUGUAACAAGUUAAACAUUCAAGUAUUAAAGUAAAAAUAUACCGUUAGAUAUUUUAGUUGAACGAGAGCUGUUUUUGUUUUUUUGUUUUUUCAUUUGCACUGUGCCUUUUUAUUUGAAGCUAGUGUUUUGCAUCUCCAUAAAGGUUUAUCUAACACACCAACACAACUGUUUAUCUUUGCGUUUAUGGUAGGUUGGGAUAUCUCUUUGUUGACUGAAAACUGUCCUGCACAGUAACAAGCAUUAAGUCAAUAAACAGAAUAAGAGGAGUGAUUUAUUUUUAAUUUUUUAGCAUCUUGUCAUAUGGGCUCAAAAUCUGCCUCAUUUUGAUGUCCAUUUUCAGGAAACUGUAGUAAAAUGUGAGGAGGGGAAUGUUGGCCUUAGUAACAGCUAAAAUGCAGUUUUGUUUACACGCAUACGCAGGCAAUCAUGCAAAACAUGCAGGUGUACUGUCUAUAAUGAAAGACUUUAUGUCUGAGGUGGAGGGCAAGAGCUGACAACUUUACAGAAGAGAAGUGUAACUGUUGAUGCCAGCAAAUGGUACAGUGACAGUUACAGGAAAUGUCAGCCUCACACUUAUGGUGUCAUCUGCAUAUUUUUCAGUUUGCUGUUAGGAAAGCGUUAACUUGUGGUAAAUUUUCAGAAUUCACCUUUCAAACAGUGUAUUUGUUGCUUAAGGAUGCUGUUGACUUAAAAGAUUAGCAUGUUGGUAGGAGUGCCACUACUUCUAGGUUAGUCAACAAUCUUUGCCAACAUUGGGUAAAUGUUGACAGAGAAUAUGUGAGCUCAUAGCUCCUAUUUUAAACCAAAUAUUUCCCAUAAUGAGACACGUAUUGUUUAGCAGUGUUUAUGUUCCUUUUAACAUUGAUGCAUAUUUUGUUCUACACACAGCUUAGACGCUUCAUCCAAUGGACACUAGGGUCAGAUGGUGUUGAAAACCUGUAGCUGUACUCUUUGUACUCAGUGUUACAUCUGCAAUAAUAUAGUACAGAAAUGUGGUUUCCGUGUUCUUAGAGUUAGGUCCUCCUCUCACAGGCCCAUAUUCACACAACGCUGUGCAUGACUUGCAACCAGAGAUGUGAGGUUGAAAAAAGAUCCACGGGCAGAUUUCUUUAAUUGCUAAGAUUUUUUAGAAGUCAAAAUCUAGGCCAUUAUUGUUCUCUUAUAUUCGAUUUAUGUUUCAUCUUCUCUUGUUGGUCACUUUUCUUUGAACCAUAACAUCACUGAAGUAUGUAUAGUCUGUAAGUCUGUCCUAAAAAGAAAUAGUUGUAUAUAACUUGGUUUUGCCAGGGUUAAGACAAAAGAAUUCCCGGCAGACCAAACACAGGAAACCGUGCUUUAAAUGCCACCUUGUUAGUGUGAGUUUCUUUGGACUUUGGACUGUUAGGCAGACAAAGCAAGAUCUUCGAAGCAGGUCCUGUCCACCAUGUGUUUUUAACUACCCGUCAUCAAUUAAUAGCAAAAGAAUCAGCAGAUUAUCUGACUAUAAUGAAAUAAUCUUAGAUUAUGUGAUUAACAUUACAUGUUCAUUUUCACCCCGUUUGUUUAUUAAAAAGUAAACAUAUAGAACAUAUGUGUUUUAGCCGCAUGUUUCUAUUACACUGUGUACUCUUUCUUACAAGCAAGUAAAUUUCCUGAGACUGCAUGUGAGAAUGACACAUCAGCUGUGGGCGGGCUGUUUGGUUGUAAAAGGAAAGAUAGAGAGAGCCGCAGAGGCCCCAUGGAGGAAGUUAGUAAUGACUCAGCCAACCAGGUGACAUAAAGCCAUCAGUCUUCAAACAUUUGGACUAUAAUUAAGAGCACACGAGGAGGGAAAUUCCCACAACAAGGCAUGUAGGAGUUUUACAUGACUGGACCACCUCUAAACAUUACACCAACAAAGGCUGUAAACAGUGGGAAAACAUUUGAUCAUUUACAUGAACCUAUCCCGAGGAGGUGUUAUUUCCAGGUAGGAAGAGUUAAUGUCACGAUAUAACGCCUUCUUUCACAGCUGCCCAACCCAGUGACCAAAAGGAACUGGUCGUCUUGACAUCCUCAGCUAUGGCGAGCCAAGGUCCUGUCAACCCUUCACAUGCUAUGUUUGACCUCUUCGUCCAAGCCCAGACCUGUAAGGAUGUAAAGCACCAUUUCACUCAGCUCUGCAGGCAGCUGGAGAUCGAUCCGAAGGAUUUCGGGAGCUUCUACGCAAAGUUAAAAGAAAGACUGAACUACUGGAAGGCCAAAGCUUUGUGGACCAAGCUUGAUAAAAGAGCUUCUCAUGAAGAUUAUCAGCAAGGAAAGGCCUGCACUAAAAACAAGUGCCUCGUGUUGGGUGCUGGUCCAUGUGGCCUGAGAGUGGCCAUUGAACUGUCCCUGCUGGGGGCUCAGGUGGUGUUGCUGGAGAAGCGGGAGACAUUCUCCAGAAACAAUGUUCUCCAUCUGUGGCCCUACACCAUCUAUGACCUCCGCGAGCUCGGAGCCAAAAAGUUCUAUGGCAAAUUCUGCUCUGGCUCUCUGGAUCACAUCAGCAUCCGUCAGCUGCAGUUGGUUCUAUUGAAGGUGGCACUCCUCCUCGGGGUAGAGGUGCACACUGGAGUGGAGUUCCAGGGUUUGAUUGAGCCCUCAGGAGAAAAUGGUUGGAUGGCCAAACUGCAGCCCCGGUCUCAUCCUGCUGCAGCCUUCCAGUUUGAUGUCUUCAUCUCUGCUGGGGGAGGCAGGUUUGUCCCUGACGGGUUCAAGCAUAAAGAGCUGCGAGGAAGACUGGCAAUCGGCAUCACGGCCAAUUUCAUCAACAGACACACAGCCGCUGAGACCCAAGUAGAGGAGAUCAGCGGUGUAGCCCGCAUCUAUAACCAGAAGUUUUUCCAAGAGCUACUCAAUGAGACUGGUAUUGAUUUGGAGAAUAUUGUCUACUACAAAGACGACACCCACUACUUUGUCAUGACUGCCAAAAAGAAGAGCUUGUUAAAGAAAGGGGUCAUUAAACAGGAUUAUAAUGAUGCAGAACAGCUGCUGGCCCCUGCAAAUGUGGAUUACGAGGCUUUGUGCAACUAUGCUUAUGAUGCUGCCGACUUCUCCACUGGCGGCGGACUGCCUGACCUCCAGUUUGCUCAGAACCACGCCGGCCGGCGGGAUGUGGCGAUGUUCGACUUCACCUGCAUGCACCGUGCUGAGAAUGCCUCGCUGGUCAAGGAGAGGAGAGGGAAGAAGUUGUUAAUUGGUCUUGUUGGAGACUGCCUCGUGGAGCCUUUCUGGCCUCUGGGUACAGGCAUUGCUCGUGGGUUCUUUGCUGCUUUCGAUGCAGCAUGGAUGGUCAGGAGCUGGGGUAAUGGGGUCCCACAUCUCAAAGUCCUGGCUGAGCGCGAAAGUGUCUACCAGCUCCUGUCCCAAACAACACCAGAGAACACCAGCAAAAAGUAUGCUGCUUACAGCAUCGACCCCAGAACACGGUACCAAAGAGUAAACUUGUCCGCCAUCCAGACUCAUCAGGUGCAGCACCUGUAUGAUGUUGAAAAAACUCAUCCAUCAUUCAAGAAACAAAAAGAGAGUUCACUUCACAUGCGUCAAGAUUCAGCUGGCGGUUCUGAGGAGCUAUUGAAAUGGUAUCAGAAACACACUGCCGGUUAUAAAAAUGUGAAUGUAAAAGACUUUACACAGUCCUGGAGGUCCGGCUUGGCUCUGUGUGCUCUGAUCCACCACUUCAGACCUGACCUCAUUGAUAUGUCCUCCCUGGAUGAGUCUAACUGUGUUCACAACAACCAACUGGCCUUCAGUAUCCUGGAGAAGGAGCUGGGCAUCCCCCCUGUCAUGUCUCCCAACAGCCUGGCUAACACUGAUCAAAUAGACAAGUUGUCCAUGGUUCUCUACCUCACCCAGAUCCAAAGCGGUUUCGCUUUACCAAAAAAAGAGCCCACAGGCUUCCAGCCAUCGUCCAAGUCUCUGUCUCUCUCCCGGACACAGUCAGCUGUCUUUUUCCUGAGUAAGCUGAAGCACAACUCUCUGCAAAGACGUAAGGAAAAGCUGGCAGCAAACAAACAAGCCACUGGAACAGAGACAAGAAUGGGAGAUGAGGACAGUACAUUGGCAUCUCCUGUCUCCUCUGAGCUCGAUCCUGUUGCCGAGGUGGCUCCUGAGCCGGAUACUCCUGCGCUGAUGGCAAACAGUGAGGAGUGUUACUUCUGUGGUGAAAGGGUUUAUCUGCUGGAGCGAAUCAGUGCUGAGGGAAAGUUCUUCCAUCGGACCUGCUUCACCUGUGCUCGAUGCAACAUCACACUUAGGCUAGGAGGAUACACCUUUGACCAAGAUACAGGGAAAUUUUACUGUGAGCUACACUCUGAAGAGCUGGCAAAUGGGCCUGCAACAUCUUGUGAGGAAAGCAAAGGAACUCACAGAGAGACAGAAGAAGGAAACGGAGUUUCCAGUGAUGAAUAUACUCCAUCGCCAUCGGAUGAGGACUAUGGAAACACCCUGGACUGUGGUCCUCCUACUCACACACAGUCACAAACAUCCGAAGAAAAGGACCACCACACAUUUGAGUCAAAAGAAGACUCCCAAGAACCACUUGUAUCAAAAACUCCCACAGACCAUCCACCUAAAUCUGAGGUAGCAGCAGCCAUUAAGGAGGAGGAGGAGACAAAAAAAAUGACUCCAGGUCCCGUUCCAAAGCCUCGUCGCUCUCGGCAGACUACUCCCAGCCAUCAGCCCUCUCCCCCAGUAGCAAAGCCUCGCACAGUCCACCUCAUCAGUCUCACCGUCCCAGAAGAACCUUCAUCUCCGGCUCCUACAGAGGAGGGCUCUAAAGCAAGACCAGACUCCCGUCCUAAACAGUCACUGCGGAAGCUUCAGUUGACCGAUGAGGAAAAAACCCAGCUGGUGAAUCUUCACAGCUUCAGCGCAGACUCGGAUUCAGAAACCCAUGGCGGAUCCUCCUCCUGCUCCUCUUCCUCAGCAAAUGCAGGGCCUCCUAAAACAGAGGGCCUGGAUGGGCAAGAAGAGGAGGGUUACUGGAGUGGGAGCACUGCUGGGCAAAUGCGGGAGAAGAGGAAUCGACGCUGCUUCAAAAGAAAAGAGAUGCCAAGCGGACAGGCCAGAGUGCGAUCAAAGUUUUCUCCGUGGAAUCUCUCUUCACCAAGGAUCAGCAGAGACACCCGGCUCAGUGUCCACGUUAAUCAGCCGGGGAGAGUGGAAACAACAUUCAGACAUGUCCACCACACCUCAGAAGAGGGCGUCGAAGGAGAUGACGAUGACGAUGAUGAUGACGAUGAUGAACAGGAUAUUGACUUGUUUGAUGAACAAUUUCAGAGUGUGCCAUCAGACCCCGUGGAGGCAGAGAAGCUGGAGUUUAAGAGGAUGAAGACAUUGGAGCGGCGAGCCAGGAUGAGUGAAUUACAGCGAUUCCGCAAAGCUCAGUCCAUCCAGAGAAGACUGGAGGAGAUUGAAGUGACCUACAAAGACCUGGAGGACAAAGGUGUGACGCUGGAGCGGACACUGCGAGGAGAGGCUGAACGCAGCGGUUCUCCUGAUAUGAUCGAACAGUGGAUCCAGCUUGUUCAUGAAAAGAAUGCAUUGGUUUCCGAGGAGUCGGAACUCAUGGUGGCGUCUCGACAGCUUGAACUCGAAGACAAGCAGAGCAUGUUGGAGCUGGAGCUCAGGAAAUGCAUGGAGAUAAAUGAUAAGACACCAGAGCAGCAGGCAGAAGAAGAGCGAAUCCUUCAGCAAAUGAUCGAAGUGGUGGACAUGAGGGACUCUCUGGUAUCGUUUCUGGACGAGAAGAGGCAGAAGGAAAUAAGCGAGGAGCAAGAGGCUUUCUGCAUCAUGGAGGCCAAACGGCAAUCAAAGGGAGGAUCUCAGGUUCACUGGGCGUAGGGUGAACCUGCAUGUCCCGUGCUGGUGAUUAUUUCACAUCUUCUGUUUGUGAGACUCGCUGCUUUCAGACUUGGAACCUGAAAUGUACAUUUGCAAAGCCAAAGAUGAUCGAGCUUCGUUAUGGAAAGUAACACACCACAAGCACUCAGUCAGCAGGUAGAAUUUAGUUCAGGCUUGUGAGUCCGGAGGCUCAGAGAGUGUCAGUUGCAAUCCACCCCCUAGAGGGAGACAUAAGCCUGGAGAUCUGAGUCUUUCAGCUGACAUGCCCAGAGACUCUGCAGCUAAAAUCUGCCUGCCAUAUUGGGGUCAUAGCAACAUAGCCGCAUAGGAAAAAUGAUCUUUAAUGUAUACUGAACUAUUGAACAUUUAUCACACAAAUGAUGAUCAGUAACCAGCCUGGGACUUGGCCUGAUUUACUGUCAGAUAUGUGACUUGAGCACUAAGCCAAGAUAGAGCAGUAUGAAAUCACAGUGGCUGGAAAGCUGCUGUACCUGACUUUGUCUCCUUAGAGAUGGUUCUAGGCUGAUAAUACAGGACAGGUGGUGUUUUUGAAAAUAGAUUGAUGUUCCUGUUGAUUUGACCUGUUUCAUCAUGGUGAGUGCUACUGUACACAAACACAUGAUAUCCUAAUUCUAUCUUUAGUAUUUGUAUUACAUAAAUGUGAUGGGAUUGUAAAGAAAAAAAAGAGAAACUAAGUGACAUUUAAACAUUACAAAUAUUCAAACUUUGUUUUUCAUUUCUUUUUGUCGAUGUUGAUGUUUUGUAGCACUUACAGCUGUUCACCGUGUCCUGUCCUGCAAGCACAUUGGAUAGUUAAUCUCAGGGGUUGAUUGUUCAGUCCUUUAGGGUCAGAGUUAGUUUUCCAGUGAUAGUCUUCAACAGUUGGCUGCACUUUAUUAGUGGACGCAAUUAAUUUGAGGUGAUUGAGGGGGGAAAAAAUAUGGGCAGAUUUAUCAGAUUUAUCUAUUUAUAAAUGCCAAUAUUUAUUAUUUGCAGGUAUUCCUGUUCAUGUGCUGGAUGAAUGGCCAAAAUUAAAACAAAGACCGUUUCUUGUAUAAGUGAAAAGGAGCCUUAUAUAAUCAUUGUCCUGCUGCCAUUUUGUGCUAUCUGGACAGCCAUUCACAGUAUAUCAAAUAAAGAUCAUGCACUUUGUUGUUUUUGUUUAUUUAUGCAUUUAGUCUUAUAUUGAAGCACUGAGCAGUAUAACUAAUGCAUUCCUCAUAAUAUAUAAGGUGUUGCCAUAAAGGCUUGACUGGCCUGCUAUUCUAAUUCCUAACCUCUAGGAUGCAUACUUGGCCUUGAUUCAGAUUUAAAUAGUGGAGAAGCUCCUUACUAUUAAGGUCCACAAGUCAGUAAAAUGAAAAAUAUAAUGCAGCAAAAGUCCUAAAUUGUAAUUUUAUUGAAGCAAACAAACAAAUAUAAUCACCGAAACUAUCAGAAGAACUUGGAAGUGCAGGGUCACAUCCAUGUCUAACAGGUACAUUUUAAGGACUUCUUUCCUUAAAAAAGUGUUUAUGGGCAACAUCAACGCAGAUAUAAAUGAAGGUUGUUACUGAGUUAAUUAAAGUGCGUGUUUGUUUGCUAACGGAAUAUUUAUCAGACCUUGUGUUCUCACGGAGGAAGUGCGGAGGAUGAGCACAAUGUCAGAUGUUCUGAAUUGAUACAUAAAAGUGAAUAAUUGCAGCACAUCAUUACAGGUAGACUGCCCACAGUUUUUACAGUGAAGAUAAUGUUAACAAUAUGCAUUAUGUAAUACUUUUAACAAAGAAACAUGUUUUUUUGGAGUAGUUGCAUAAAGCAAAUAAUUGCUUUCUGUAAGUUUGAGUGCAAAUGUCACACACGGGUCGCUAGUUUUCUGCAAGCACUCACUUGUAUUUAAUCUAAGGUUAUGUAAGCACUUAAUAUAUUAAGCAAUGAUUAAAAUAACUUGCAAAACA